AUGCAUAUUAUAAUACAAUGGUGAGCAUCGAUCAAGCUAAAGAAGCAAUGGUCAACAAAGCAUUAAUCAAGUGGAUUGUGAGUUCGGGUAUUCCCUUUUCAUCUGUUAAUUCUCCUUAUUUCGAAGAUUAUACCAAGUUAUUGAACUUUGGAUAUAAUUCACCCAAGCGCAGUGCAUUAAUAACUUCAAUUUUGGAUACAGAAAUGGCGAACAUUAUACUAAAGAUGGAAAAAGAAUUAUCAAAGGCUAAAAAUCUUACAUUGUGUAUUGAUGGUUGGAGUAGUCCAUUGAAACAUAGCAUAUAUACUUUCAUUAUAAUGACAAAUGAUAGGAAACAAUAUAUUUACUCUUUGCAAGAUUUUUCAAGAUUCUCACAUACAGCAAGCUUCAAUGCCGAAAAAAUAAUAGAAAUAUUGGAAAAAGUCAGACCCAAAAAAUUUAUAGCAGUGGUAUCGGAUGCAGAAUCUGCUAUGAUGGCAGCUAAACGUCAAGUUGCGAUGAAAUAUCCACACAUUUUACCAAUACGAUGCAUUGCGCAUCAUAUUCAAUUAAUUUCUAGUACUGGUGCUGCCCUCAGAGAUGAAAUUAUACAUUCCUUUACUGUUGGUGGGAAUUUAAAGUCAACAACCAAGACACAGUGGUCAACAGCAUGGGACUUUUGUGAAUUCAUAUUGCGUAAUAAAGCAAACAUUAGAUUGGUAUUAGAACAAGAAUCUCAAGUUUUUAGUUGUGCUAAUGCUGUCAAGAACCUUAUUAAUAAUCCUGACAUAUUUGUUGAAUUGGUGAAAAUGGCAAUUGCGAUUCAAAAAACUUCUGCUUUGUUCAAUAGUCAGUUCCGAUGUGAUUGCAUAGCUAUUUACAAUAAACGGUGGAAGGAAUUUGACACAGAUUUGUAUCUUUUGGUAUUUUUUUUACAUCCAACUUAUCGCGGUGAAUUUUUUGAGGCAAGCAUAUAUAAAAAUCAUGUUCUUAAGAAAGCAUUGGAAAUUUGGAAACAAAUUGGUGGUGGUCGAACAAGUGCUGAUUUCUUAAAAGUUCAAAUGAGCUUAUAUAAAAAUCAAGAAUCUUCCUUUGAUAAUAUAUUUAAUUCAUCCAUUGAUACGAUCUAUAAUUGGUGGCUCUCAGUUGAUCUUAAAAAAAAUGAAGAUCAUAUUAAGACUUUAGCGAUAAGAAUAUGCUAUUGUUCCUCACAAUGCUGCAUGUGA